UAUUAGACGUGUCCGGUCGUCGCUCUGCUCCUGCUGCAGCGUGUACUCAGUCACAGCUCCGUACAGAGGACAGACACACUUUGUCCUGUCCUCAACACUUUAGUUUGUAUAACUCGCUGUACAGUCAAGAAAGAAGAAGCAGAAGAGGAGUUCACAUUCACACUUUUAUCUGAACUUUGGGAGGCAAACUUGCUCCAAACAACCGGCAGAGCUCCGCGCGGAGGAAUGCACGUUAACAGCGACACCUGCGUCCGAAAAUACGCCAAAAACACAUAACGCCUGUGUGUCAGGAUGGACGGCUUAAAUGUUACCGGUCUGUCGGCAAACCGCAGGCCGUCUGUUGGAGGAGUUUCACCGGAUGAAAAUGUCAGGAAAGCUCCGCACCAGGUGUCCCAGGUGAAAAAGCAAGCCGUGAAGAGACACCACCACAAACACAACCUGAAGCACAGGUACGAGUUUCUGGAGACGCUCGGGAAGGGGACCUACGGCAAAGUGAAGAAAGCCAAGGAAAGAUCCGGUAGAUUGGUUGCCAUAAAGUCGAUCAGAAAGGAGAAGAUCAAGGAUGAGCAAGACCUGGUUCAUAUUCGCAGAGAAAUUGAGAUCAUGUCCACUCUCUGCCACCCGCACAUCAUCACCAUAUACGAAGUGUUUGAAAACAAAGACAAAAUUGUGAUUGUGAUGGAGUAUGCCAGCCGAGGGGACCUGUACGACUACAUCUGUGACAAGAGGAACAUCUCUGAACGGGAGGCCAGGCACUUCUUCAGACAAAUUGUAUCCGCUGUGCACUACUGCCACCAGAAUGGGAUAGUACACCGGGACCUGAAACUGGAGAAUAUUCUUCUAGACGGCAACGGCAAUGUGAAGAUUGCAGACUUCGGCCUGUCGAACCUCUACCACUGUGAUGAGUACCUACAAACCUUUUGCGGCAGCCCACUGUACGCUUCCCCAGAGAUCGUCAAUGGACGACCAUACCGUGGGCCAGAGGUGGACACUUGGUCUCUUGGUGUGCUGUUAUAUACUAUGGUUCAUGGCACCAUGCCAUUUGAUGGGCACAACCACAAGGCACUGGUCCAACAGAUAAGCACUGGAAACUACCGUAAACCCAACAAUCCCUCCGAUGCAUGUGGGCUUAUCCGUUGGAUGUUGAUGGUAAAUCCUGAACGCAGAGCCACAAUAGAGGAGAUUGCAGGGCACUGGUGGCUCAACUGGGGCUACCAGCAGCCAUUACUGGCCGAGACAAAGAGCAGCCCAGUAGAGCAGGCUGCUUCACCAGUCUCCCCAUCAACAUCACAUACCGCUGGCCUGGCUAGUGUUGCUAGCUGGCUGCGCCGCACAUCCAGGCCUUUACUGGAGAACGGCUCCAAGAUGCGCUGCUUGCUCCGCUCGCAGGGUGGUGGAGGGGAUGUAGUGCGGCAGCGGUCUCUGCGAAGGUCGCGCAAGGAGAACAACGUCUCCCAGACCGUUCACGAGGCGAGCACAGACAGUCGACCCUCUAAGGGUAUUUUAAAGAGACGCAACAGUGUGAAGCAAAAGGCAACAAGUGAAGCCUCUGCUGCAGGUUCAGUGGAGCCACACAACAUUUUGGGCUUGUCUGCAGCAGCCAGUGCUCCUUCAGCUGCUCUGCAGCCUCGCAAAGGUAUUCUAAAGAAGCCCUCGGAACAGGAGUCAGGGUACUACUCUUCGUCUCCCGAGAACAGCGACUGUGGCUGGACACCACAAACGAAAGAGUGCCCUUCAGCACCAACCCAUAGGAAGGGCAUCUUGAAGCGCAAUGGAAAGUUCUCCUCUGGUGGGCUGCAGGAGUUUGGCUCUCUGGACCAGUUGGCAGCCUCUUUACCCCGCGGGGGCAUCAGGUCCAGACCAAGUGGAGCCAUUAGCGAAGACAGCAUCCUGUCUUCAGAGUCCUUUGACCAGCUGGAUCUACCUGACCGUGUAGGACCUCCAAGACAAAUGGAUAAACCAGCCAAGACCACCAUGAGAGGAUGCGUGUCUGCUGACAACCUGUUGGACAUCCAAGAAGAUGGGAUUCUUGGGGAUGGGUCUCUGAGACCCUGGAACUGCUACAAGUCCGGAGUGGCUGACAGUGCCUUUUCCAUCACAGACUGUGAUAAUGUAACUGAGGCUUACAAACAGGCCAUGGUUAUACGAGGCUCUGCAGCAAGCUGAAGACUGGUUAUUACUUAAGGACGCUAAUUAAAGACUUGUUUUUCAGUCAGAACUUUGAAAUGCCUGUAAACUACUGAAGACAUGAGAGCCAAAUUACCCGCACACUGCGGUGAUGAUCAUUUGGGCUAACUUCAUGAAUUGCACAUCACCAAAAAGGGAGGAGGCUUCUUGUUAAACAUCAGAUUGUAUUUUAGAUGGUGACUGAAAAAUUAUAUUUAAAUGAGUUUAUGAGUAGCUUGUAAUUUGAAUUUUAGGGCCAAAAAUGACCAGAAGGCACAGUAUUUUACAAAAAUUACGAUUAAAAGUGCUGCAGUUGAAAAUGUCCAUUUCAAAGAUUCUCAGGAGGAAGAAGAGAGCUGGUGCUGGUCAACCAGGAGCUCUGAUUUUCAAAAAUAAGAGCUUCCUAUCAAAAGUGUAGUUGAUGCAAAAUGUCAUCCUGAAACCAAAACAUGCCGCUCUUCAAUAUAAAACUUUGGUCGGUGACAAUAAAGGAGGUAACUGACAUUUUACACAGUCACAGUAGAACUAUUGUUCGAAGCCACAAAGUCGGUGUCUUUUUAUUGUCAACAGGACAGUUUGAGAAAGUGUUUAUGACUUUAUGGCUCUUUGGGCUUGAUAAUAGCUGAUCAUCUAUCUUAUGUUCAUCUAGGAUAACAGCAAUAAAUCGCAGGUUAAAUAUUCGGAUGAUUUUACUCUUAGCGUAUACUACUUUCACUCUUCAGGAAGUUGUGGGGGGGGGGGAAUGACAUUUCAUGGAUACCAAAGAGCAAAAUUGAUGAUGUUGAUUGACUUUUUUGUCUGUAACGCACUAGCACAAAAAAACUGCUAAGAGGACGUGUGUUUGUAACAGGGAUCAGCUCUCAAAGAGAGUUUUUUUCUUUUUUUUCUUUCUUGAAAUACCUUUUGGAUAAUGACUUGAAUAAUAAUCAUGACUCAUAUCAAACCAGUAGAACUUGCUUUUGCCUUCAAGAUUACAAUAAUACAAGUGCGCAGGUGGCCUUUCACUCUGUUUAUGCAGGUGACAGUUUCACACAAAGGUGGAGCUCAUCAAGUCCGUCACAGUUUGCUUUGCAGGACACGUGAAGUUAAAAUUUGAAAGUGAACCGAGCUACAGCUACUUAAUGUAUGCUUAUGUGGCAUCGAUAUAAUGUGUAACCUUUCAACUGCAUUUUCAUGAUUGGUCAUGGAGCUCAGGUGUACUGAACUUUGCAUUUUAAUUUAAAAUGUCUAGACACCUGGGGUGGAGCAGUAUUUCGCAAAGCUGGAUUAGAAGUUUAGCCAUUUAACUACUAAAAAUGUUGCAUGUUGUUGACUCAAACAGGAAAACAAAGAUGAUUUAUGCAUGCUGAUAAUCAUUGAUUUUAAAAUUAAGACGUUUCAUAACCUGGCUGACUUCUUAGUCCUGCUUUUAGAAAGACCUCCUGCUGGUGAGAGAAAGGUUUAUCAGCGUUCAUGCCUGUAUGAAAUUUCAUGCUGCAAACUGGAGUUACUUAAUUGGAUUGGCAUGCUUGGCAUUAAAUUAGAACAUCAAGUUGGCGCCUGGAGUAGCACUUUAUCAUUUAACAGACCAUCGAAACUUGAUAACCAUACAAUUUAUUUAUCAGCUGUCAUCUAAGUAUUGAGUUCACGUAACAAAAGUUGCACAAGGCUGUACUCGGAGCUGUGCUGUUGUUCAGAAACUGGAAUGUAAAAACUGUACUUUUGUUUUGUUUUUUUCAGUUAUUUAUGGUUAUGUUUUUGACACACUAUGAGGCUCAUGAGAAGCUUAAAGCUGGUAUGUCUAUUUCAUUUAUGUACAGUAUAAUGGGUGCAUCACUACUGUUUUUACUUGCUCCCUUUGCCCAGAAGUUGCAGUUAUGCAAAUCUUUUUUUCUUUAACCGCAACAAAAAACAAAGUUUGCCAAAGUUACGGGCACAUCAUUUAUAUGACUGA